AUGUUGGCAAGCCAAUUGCAUCGAAAUAUUUAUUCUUUUUGGUUUAAAGGGUUCAAAAACGGCGCACCGUUAACCCAAGAUCUUACAAAAACAUGGUUCGGAGGCGGUGAAGUCGACAACUAUUGUCGUGCAAAUUAUGCAGCUGUUCUUGAGGAUAUCCGUGAGAAUAGAAGUUAUAUUGAAGAGAUGAAACAGAGUCCCGAGUACGCACUAACUCUCACAAUCUUACUCGACCAAUUUCCACGAAACAUUUACCGAAAAACCGCGAUUCCAUUCCGCGACUUUGAUCCGUUGGCGUUGCAAGUUGCGCAUUAUGCGAUUAAUUACAAAUUUGAUGAGAAGUUGAAUGCAAUAGAACGUCUUUUUUUGUAUAUGGCAAAGCAUUCGGAAAGUAAUAGUGACCAAGAAUCAUCGGUAGAGAAAUUCAAAUGGAAUCACGAGACUGCUCUUCCUCUCUACGCUCAAAUGACAAAAUCUUUCUACGAAUAUGCAAAAAGUCAUAAAUCUAUUAUUGACCAAUUUGGACGAUUCCCACAUCGUAAUAAUAUUCUCGGUCGUGAAUCGAGCAUCGAGGAAAUAGAGUUUUUGAAGACAGCGGAUUUUUUUGGACAAUAA